CGCCAGGAUGCCGCCAGGGUGCAAAGCAGGUGGCACAGUGAUAACGCACCCACGUACAUGCGGCAACACUGCUGGCCGUCCUUGGCGAACUCAGCCUAGGUGGGGUCCCCGUACUUCACUGGACGCAUAGCCAGCACGUCUCACAUGAGAGCCGCUACACGCUUUGUUUGAGCACAUUUCGUGCUACGCAAUACGCUAAACAUUCGAUCGUAAAAGAACAGAGGAUGGAGGAGUGCUUACUGCGUCACCUGCCCGCAGCAGGGGGCACCUCGAAGCACAUCUCCCGACCUGACGCUCACAUUCUAGUGAUACCUGGAAUAGACGAUGAGCGGGUUGAGGAAUGGAGUAAAGCUCACGGUGUAUCGCUUGUUCACGACCUUACUGGGAAGGACAACAAGGCCUCGAAUAUCCAGAUCACGGUACUUGAACACCAGCUGACAUCGUCAACAUUCAAGCAAUGGAGCCAGUUGGAUGUUCAGGCAGAGCGAUUGCUCGCUAAAGCCGAAGACUUCAUUCAUACAUGGGAUCCAGAGCAUCGGCCUCUUCUGUUUCUGUGUCAUAGCCUAGGUGGACUCAUCUUGAAGCGGCUACUUGUACAUGCGCGUCGAAGAGAGGAAGGUACUAAGCUUUUGUUCGACUCCCUCGCUGGUAUAGUAUUUCUCGGAAGUCCUCAUCUUCGGGAUAGCAACAAGUCAGAAUGGGCCAAAGUACCCGCCAUUCUUGAGCUUCGUAUGCUAUCACUACCUGAGGACCUUGCGGAUGUAUCCAAGUUACAACGGCUAGCUCAAUGGUCGCGUGAUUUUGAACACCUGAAUUUAUCCGUCCGCAUCUUGUCCACGAGAGAAGGAAGGAAAAGCAGGACAAAGAAGAAGAAAAAGAAGUGGUGGAGUAUAGUAUCUGCAGGCGAUGGCGAGGAGGUUAAGUCCGUCGAUACUGACCAUUACGGGUUAUGCGCACUCAACGAAAGCAACCAGUUCAGAGCUACUCUCAUUGAGUUCUGCCAUGAUUCUCUCCGCCUUGCUCGAGACAGAUUCAAUGUAUCUAGCUCUAUAAGUAAGCCUAUUCGCAUACGGAGCACCGCUCACCAAGCUUACGACGAAAAGUACAAUCUCCUGCACUAGAAGGUGCCCCGAAAGCAGAUACAUUCAAUGUACUCGAUGGCGAAUCUACUGGUGCAAGCAUAAGGCAAACAUCAUUGCCAAACUACGCCCAAGCUACAUUUGAUCCUUCAUAUGGCCAGUCACGGCGACCUAGAGAUG